AUGAUCGAAUCUAACUAUCUCGCCGAGAAACGUCUUCUCCGACACCCAAAUCCAAAACUCCUUGUUCUUCGAUUGGAAAUAUCUAGUGACCGUUGUUCAAGAACCAUAUUUUUGGCGACUAAUUCAAAAGAUGAUCACAACGACCAUAUAAAAAUCUUCAUUCAUUCUUACAAAUCUCCACUUCCAUAUCCCAUAUAUUCAAUGUACGAUAUAGCUGGUCAAAUAAUGGGGUAUUGCAACGGUUUAGUCUGCAUCUUCGAUCUCGGCUACAUUUAUCUGAUUAACCCCGCAACAAGAAAACUCCGGAUUCUUUCUCCCGAGUUUUUGCGAGCGUAUACAGACCGAACGGGUUGGUCGAAUGAAUUGCCAAUUAGUGUGGGAUUUGGAAGAGACAUGGUUACAGGAACAUACAAAGUAAUUUUGAUGUAUUUAUACGAUCGUCAUUUUAUCAAGACCGAAGCCUUAAACCUCGAAAGUGGUGAACGAAGAUACGUACACUUCCCCAUUUUAUACGAUGAACUUGGCGAUGAUAAAAGAUCAAUAUUUGCAAAUGGAUCGCUUUAUUGGUUGCCAAAGCCACUUUCUCUUUUCACUAAUAAAUUAAUAAAGCUGGCAGCCAUAGAUCUUCACACAGAAACAUUUCGUUAUGUGUCACUACCGAGUUGGUACACCAAAUACUCCAAAAGUGUCUACUUAUGGAGUCUGAAAGAUAGUUUAUGUCUAUCUGAUGUGCAACAGACUCCGAGAGUAGACGUAUGGAGUUUGCAGCAAGAAGAUCCUAGUGUGAAGUGGGAAAAGAUUUUUUCAGUUAAUAUUUUAAGCACGAAUUGUUUAGACGCUAACUUUUGGAAGCUUGGUCUAGCUGCUUAUUAUUUUAGCUCUACAGGAAGAUAUCCAGCUAAUAAUCCUUUAGAUCAAGUCCCCAAUGAUCACUGCAGCAGCGUUUUGUAUACGGAGAAAUUGGGUUCUUCAGUCUAG